GCUAAACAAACUAAGCGAGACCUUUGCGCAGCUUCCUUGCUGUACACAGAAGCGUGGAGUAUACGAAGGCAGCAAUGGUUGCCUCACGCGGCUGUCGUACCUGAUUGGACAACUCAAGGCUUGAGCUGAUCCUUGUGCCCCAGAAGCGACAUCGAUAUAAUGGUACAUAUGUGAAGCUGGCACCUGCUGAAAACAACCGUUAUAAAAGAAUCAACUCAUGCCUCGGGCUCAAUUACGAUGCUGCUCGCGUCGUCCAUGCAUCUGUCUCUCCGUGUCUACGGCUUUGGUCGUUGUAGGACUCACAUGCUUUGCCUUCUGGUUGUUUUUCACGGUGAUCCUUCCUGCACGCCGCGCCGCCCAUCUCGAGCUCGAUUACCUCAAUGCACUCGCUCGCGCCAAGUUCAACAAGAUGUUCCUCCCUAGGAUACACGAGGCUAGGAAACACUCGAACGAGUCGAAAGUCGAAAAUGAGCCAUUUCGGGACGUCCAACCUUUGAUCAAAGAUGUUCCACAGUUGCUUUACUGGAGUGACGCGUCGAACAAGGAGUAUGACGAGUUACUGCGACUCAAUCUCGAUGGCACAGGGCAGUAGAUCGGUGCAGGGGAUGAAUACUGGAUUUAUCUUGGAGGAACGGACAAGGAUAGCAGUGGAAAGAAAGAAGCAGUGGCUGAAGGAGAUACGACUUUUAAGCAUAGAUAUAGAACGGCAUCCUGUGUCGAUGAAGG